GUCCAGGUAUUUCACCAUCACAGAAAAUUUUAGCCUGACUUUAUCGUACACCUUACAGCCACAUUUUUUUCCAUUAUUUUGAUUCAAUAGCUGGAAAAUAAAAUGUCACCAUGAAAGCAACAGACAUUGAAAACGUGAAACAACUUCAGAAAAAUUCGCAAAAUAUUCGGAACAUUUGUAUAUUGGCACAUGUUGACCAUGGCAAAACAACUUUAGCCGAUGCGUUAAUUGCCAGCAAUGGAAUCAUAUCGAAAAGAAUGGCUGGAAAGUUACGAUACAUGGACAGCAGAGAUGAUGAACAACUGAGGGGAAUUACCAUGAAAUCAAGCGCAAUAUCUCUCCGUUAUGCAUUAGCUGCAGGAGAAGAAUAUCUCAUCAAUUUAAUUGAUUCGCCCGGCCAUGUUGACUUUGGUAGUGAAGUUUGUACGGCAGUUCGACUUUGUGAUGGAGCUAUUGUUGUUGUAGACGUCGUGGAAGGUGUUUGCCCGCAGACACACGCAGUUCUUCGGCAAGCUUGGCUGGAAAAGUUAAGCCCUAUACUUGUGUUGAAUAAAAUAGAUCGACUUAUUACUGAACUCAAGUUUACCCCUGAGGAAGCCCAUUUACAUCUGCAACAAGUUUUGGAACAGGUGAAUGCAGUUACUGGAAGUUUGUAUUCUGCUGAAGUUUUAGAGAAAAUCGGCCAAACUGAAUCGUCCCAAGUUGAAACUGAAAACGGAGAAGAGGUGGUAUAUGACUGGAGCAGUGGGAUAGCAGACACUGAUGAUUCAAAGUUAUAUUUUUCACCAAGUCAUGGAAACGUUGUGUUUGCUUCUGCAGCCGAUGGCUGGGGGUUCAAAAAAAUCCCAUUUUUUCUCCAAACUCUUAGAAUUCAACAUUUUUCUCGCAUAUUUUCUACAAAACUUGGAAUUCGUGAAAAAGUUUUAAACCGAACAUUAUGGGGGGAUUAUUAUGUGAAUAAUAAAGCCAAGAAGAUUCUUAAAGGUGCACAGGCAAAGGGAAAGAAGACGUUAUUUGUUCAAUUUAUUCUUGAAAACUUGUGGUCAAUAUAUGAUGCAGUUUACAUUAGAAGAGAUAAGGAAAGAAGCGAAAAAAUCACAAAAUCUUUAAAUCUUAACAUUUCCGCUCGUGACGUGCGAGUUGGAAAAUCUGAACCUAAAACUUAUCUUCAAGCAAUAUGUGGUCAGUGGUUGCCGUUAGCUGAAGCUGUGCUUUCAAGUGUAUGUCAAUACCUUCCUAGCCCAUCAGACAUUAGUGGGGAAAGGGUGGAAGGUUUAAUGUGUGGAUCAACAAGGAGCUUCUCUGCUUUACAUUCAAAAUCACAAGACUUAAAGCAAGAUUUUCUAAGUUGUGGCUCUGAUUCUUCUACUACCAUUGUGCUCGUGUCGAAAAUGGUUGCUGUGGAUUCAAAACUUAUGCCGCAGAAUAAACAAAGACCUUUAACUGUUGAAGAAAUUGUUAAACGAAGAGAACUGGUUCGGCAAAAACAUGCUGAGAGAAAAUUAGCGGAAACAAACAGCUCCAACCAUAAAGAGGAUCAACCAACUGAUGCAGACGCUUCUAAUAAGUCCUCAGAAAGUCCUGAAAUUUCGGAACAAGUUCCAGAGAAGGAAGAGAAGCAGGAGCAGUUUGUUGCUUUUGCUCGUGUUUUUAGUGGAACCUUGAAAGUUGGGCAGAAAUUAUACGUUCUUGGUCCGAAGUAUGACCCAGCACCUUUUAUUGGUUUGGAGGAUUCUGAAUUAGAAGAAGCAAUUAACUCUAACCCCCAUAUAUCGGUGACAACAGUUACGGCGAUCUAUUUAUGGAUGGGAAGAGAAUUAGAAGCGUUAGAAGAAGCUGCUUCAGGUUGUAUUAUAGGUAUUGGUGGCUUGGAAGAGGUGGUGCUUAACUCAGCAACAUUAUGCAGUAGUAUGGCUUGCCCUCCAUUCAAUGCACUUACUGUAGAUGUGGCUCCCAUUAUUAGAGUGGCUGUGGAAUCAUAUUUGUUAAGUGAAAUGUCAUGUUUGGUAGAAGGCUUGAAGUUGCUCAACCAAGCUGAUCCAUGCGUGCAGGUGAUGGUGCAAGAAACAGGGGAACACGUGAUCAUCGCAGCCGGCGAAGUUCAUCUGCAAAGAUGUCUUGAUGAUUUAAAGAACAGAUUUGCGAAGAUUGAGAUCAAAUCAUCCGCUCCCAUCGUUCCCUUCCGUGAAACGGUGAUUCCUCGUCCCAAAGUUGAUGUUUUAAACGAACUCAUUGAAACACAAGAUAAAGAUAUCAUGCAGAAGUGGAAUCUUAAGGAUAAAGAAUCUGGUGACGGCAAUUUGACGAAAGAAUCUGAAAAAUUAUUAAACGCAAAAUCUAAGAAAGGAAUUGUGGUGAUGGAAACUCCUAACAAGCAAAGUACUUUAGUUGUACGAGCUGUUUCCCUGCCUCCGGAUGUGAUUAAACUCCUGGAGGAGAAUGGGGAUCUUCUUAAAGUCCUCUCAUCCAUGGAGGCGAUUUUCAAGGACCUCUGGUUCCACAGAAGGAGAAGAUUAUUGAGCACGGGGAGCAACAUCAGUAGUCAGGGGGAGGAAGACGGGGCGGAGAUACCAAGUCUAGAAAACAACGUUACCAGCGUGAAAAACAUCAUUAAGAAUGUCCUUUUCCAACUAAAAAUUAAACCAGAGACCUUAGAAGAAAUAAAAAAACUAAAAUCAGAUUUGGAAACUGCGUUUGAAAAUGCUGGCCGCAGAAAAUGGUCAAAUGCCGUUGAACAUAUUUGGGCGUUUGGUCCUCGUGGAAAUGGACCUAACAUACUUUUAAAUAAAGAAGAUGAUUAUAGGAGACCUUCAAUUUGGACUUGUGUGGGGGAUAAUGUUGAUAUUGAUAUUGGUUCUUACCGUGAGUGUGACCACAGUAUUAUAAGUGGAUUCCAACUUGCCACGUUAUCUGGACCUCUAUGUGAGGAACCUAUGUAUGGAAUAUGUUUUGUGAUCGAAGAAUGGAAAGUCUCUGCUCCUCCUGUUUCCUCCCAGGAGCAUAAAGAAACAAAAGAGGAGCAAGUCGUCACUUUUGCUGAUGAUCUUACUCCAGUUCAAAGCAAUUCCCAACUAGGUCCAUUAUCUGGUCAAUUAAUAUCAACAUCCAAAGAAAGUUGCAGGAGAUCAUUUCAGGCUCAACCACAACGUUUAAUGGCAGCCAUGUACACGUGUAAUAUACAAGCUACUGGCUGAAGUGUUAGGCAAAGUCUACGCAGUCCUUGGCAGAAGAGAAGGCCGAGUAUUAAGCGAAGAUUUACGCGACGGGACAAACUCUUUCGAUAUUCUCGCCACGCUGCCUGUGGCUGAAAGUUUUGGGUUUGCCGAGGAAAUUCGAAAACGAACGAGUGGACUCGCUUCUCCGCAACUUGUGUUCAGUCAUUGGGAGGUGGUAAACAGCGACCCUUUCUGGGUCCCAACAACAGAAGAAGAGAUUCAACAUUACGGAGAAAAGGCCGACUUUGAGAAUCAAGCUGUCAAAUAUAUGAAUUCUGUGAGAAGAAGAAAAGGUUUAUUUGUGGAAGAAAAAACGGUGGAACACGCGGAAAAACAACGAACACUAUCUAAGAAUAAAUAAUUAAUAUAUAUAGUACGUUGGGGUAAGAUGGGUUUAAUUCGCUCUUAUUUUUUCAUUUGGUAGUAAAACAAAAAAAUUUUGCGGAAAUAUAUAAAAGCAUGCUUGCGACUCAAGAGCGUUGUUAAUUGUUAACAGUUAGGAAAUACGGGAUAUUAUGUGUUAUCGGUAUCCAUCUUACCCCACAAUACUAUAUACAGUUGUUGUAUUGCUUUGUAAUGAGGUGGAAUAUUCAAGAUACCGUUUGAUACAGUUUGGAUUUGUGGUAUUGUAGACCAAACACUGUCGUCGUAUUUAUUUGUGAAACUGACAUCAACAAAUAAAAAAUAAAGACAAAAAUUAA